UAUUAGCAGCAAAAGGCCAUCACAUCGCAGUAAGAUUAUGGUAAAAACGAACUUCUGAUGUCAAAAGCAUUUUCGUCACGCACGCCGUCACACAGGUGACAGGUGGUGGGCUUUACAUCAUUUCAAAUGUACGCGUUUCAUUCAAACCUUUGCGGGGGAAUGUAGGCACAAUUUAUACAAAUCAGGGGGUGAGAAGUGUAACUUUGGUCGGUGUGCAUUUUAUUUGUUUAUCUUAGCCAGGGACCUAAAAAUGUUUGAAUGUGCCAACAGCUAACGCAUUCGUAUGAAAAAAAAUCAACUCGUUAGUGUUUCUUCUUCGUCAGUUGACUUACAAGCACAACGUCACCUUCCAACCGCUAUUUGGCAAGAUGGACGCAGUUUUAAAAGGUGACUUAUUUUAAAAGUAUGUUACCUAAAGAGGAGAGAGGAAAGUGAUAAGUACUCACGUAACCGGCUAGCUAGCAAAGGGGUGUGUGGAUCGAGACAAAUACCAACUAAAGUCCAGCAGAGCCAUGCAACCCGUAAGGACACUUGAACCGCAGCGUUGGCUCAAGCAUUAAAGCAGAAGCGACCUCAACAGAUGUGACAUUACAACAGCACCAUCGCAAGAGGUACACCACUGCCUCCUAGCUGCAAAUUAUCUCCGCUGUGUCGCACACACGGGGUGUCGCUGUCAAACAUUAAGGUCGCCCAAGUCAGCGAGGUCAGAGUUCAGCUGGAGAUGCACGCACUUUGGCAGCAAUUUGAUCAGCUGGGCACGGAGAUGAUAGUCACCAAAGCCGGACGGAGGAUGUUUCCGACAUUCCAGGUGAAAAUCUCAGGGAUGGAUCCUUCUGCGGAAUAUGUUCUGGUUAUGGAUUUUAUCCCUGUAGAUGACAAAAGAUACAGAUAUGCUUUCCACAGCUCCUCAUGGUUGGUGGCAGGACGAGCAGAUGUCGCCGCUCCGAGCCGGAUGCACUUCCACCCAGACUCACCUGCUCGUGGAGCCCAGUGGAUGAAGCAGACGGUGUCCUUCGACACUCUCAAGCUCACCAACAACCUGCUGGAUGACAACGGACAUAUGAUAUUAAAUUCCAUGCAUCGCUACCAGCCCCGCUUUCAUGUAGUGUAUGCGGAUCCAGCGCCUGACAGUCAUUUAAAUGCAAAUAGAAACUUUUGCUCCUUCUUCUUCCCUGAGACAAAAUUCAUGGCAGUCACCGCCUAUCAAAACCACCGGAUCACACAGCUGAAGAUUGCCAGCAACCCGUUUGCUAAAGGCUUCCGAACAACAGACACACAGGACUGGUUUGUACUAAAGGGGGGCAGUUCCAGGCCUUGUGGAGAGUGGUGUCCACCUGAGGACAAAUCUGAGGACAAUUUCACAAAACGGAGAACGGACAGGGGAUCAAAAGACUCAAACGGUCAAGAGGUCUUGCAUCUAGUGGAGCAGAGGGAACAGUUUUACAACUACACAGACGCGGUGGUCGUCGACAUGGGAAGGAACAACGGAAAUAGUAUUUUAGUCCCAGCUUCUCUACUCAGCACCUUUCCUUCUUACUGGGAUUGUGCAGGGUCAUCUCAGGACAAUAACAACCUGUGAUUGGACCUUUGCCUACAUCCUGUUGUUGCAUAUUAAAAAAGUAACAUUAAAAUAAUAACUAUGACCAUCAUAUACUAACAAAUAUCACCUUUUUAUGUCACAUCAGUCUUACAGAAAAUGUACGCAACUGUAUGGAAAUCAUUUUUGCCGUAUAUAAU